UUGAAUUAAAAGAUCUUUUAGUUUGAACGUCACUUUUUGAGUUGUGUGUUUUGGAUCCUAUGUUUUUUUGUGCUGUGGUUUGUAACACAGUGGGCUUUGGGGCAAAGUUUGCUAGCUCUGCUCCACUUAGUGUGUACGGUAUCGGACAAAUGUGAUGACAUUCUGUGCGCUCAGCGUUCCGUACCUUCCCCCUCAUCCUGUGCCGGGAAAACUGUCUACACAAAGAGGAAAAUACAGACGCGUCUCGGUGCGCACCGGACCAAAAUUGACCGCGGAACGUGUUCAGUGCGUCAGGGCUGGUCCUCUGCCGCUGUAUCCGGGACAAGCUGAGAGAAAUACACACACUGUCCGUGUACGGCUGUGUGCCUCCGCUCAGAAGAUAAAACAGAAGCGGAGACUCAUUCAUCAACCCGAGGAGAGGACAUGGACAUACUGUAGCCAGCGCUGACAGACGAGAAGGAUGUAGCUAUACAGAGAGGGACAUCACAAACUGCGAGGGCGCAGAAGGAACAGUCGGAUGUCUUCACGGACAAAGAAGCACACGUCAGAUGUUGAGCGCCUUGAAUCUCAAGAAAGUCCGAACAGCGCGCACAUGAAUGCAACAAAACACUGAGGCAGCUCAUCCACGGGGACUUGUUCCAUAUGAAGAGCAAAUCAGCAUUCGGCAAGGAUGCAGGAACCGUCAUCCUAUAACAGCGAUAGGUUUAUCUGCGACAUGCAGGAGGAUGGAGAGACGGAAAGACAAGUGGAAAGAGUUAUGGAUGGAUUGAAAAGUCAAGAUGGAUGAUUCUGAUCCCUCACUCUGGAGGUGUGGAGUGACAGAUGACAGAGGGAUUGAUACGGCGGGAGAGAAAGAGAGGCAACAACGGAGAGUGUCACUGCCGCCGGUAAUGGAAAGCAGCUGAAAAGGUCAAGCGCAUCGAUCGGGAGGCGAGAAGAAAUUGACCUCGUCAUCAACACUGACCUGAAAGAAGAAACUUGCAACACCUUGGAUACGACCAACCACAACAAGACUUACAGCUGAAUCCAGAUAUUUAAACUGAUUGAUAGUCAUUCUUAAACUUACUAGUAAAGGCUGGAGCAGACAGCAGCCAUGGAUAUGAGUAAAGCAACUUUCAGCUCUAAAUUAGAAACUCCUAAACUCUCACUUCCAUCAAGAGGCGGAUGUGACUGAUCCACCACGAAGCAACACGGGACGUUUCGGCCCGGCGUACACCUUGAGAACUCGUCGCCAAUGAGUUAUUGGCAAGAAAUGGGAGAUUUAAAUCUCCGGGAACAAUUUGAAGGUGUUUGCAGCUAGCAAUACUUUAUUGGAAUACAAUAUAAACUCAAAAACACUUGUAGCUAGGUCCUACCAAACCCCUAUCCCCUCUUCCCUUUCACUCCCCAUCCCCAAAAUUGCUUCCUCCCUGUUUUUCCCCUUCCCCCAGAUCCUUACUAAAGGUAUUCUAUCGGUAUUAAGAAUCCAUUUUGGAAGACACGCUUCAAAACUCCUCAUAUAAGUCUUGAUCAAUGCUGAGUGCAUCUGUCUGUCCACCUUCUUCUUCCCUCUGCUGGUGAAGAAGGUGAAAGAAAACCAGGGGAGCCCUCCCUCUUCCCUCUAAUAGGGUAAGGGUCUCUCUUUGGGAUGGGCGGCCCAGCAAGGGCUCUUCUUGGCGGGUUCAGCACCACCACUUCUUCCCUGGAGGUUGGAGGUCGGAUGGCUUGGCCGAGCAACAACCCCCUAGACCUCAACGAAACCCUGACAUGGGUUUUAGGGCUGGGAGGAAGCGGUGGAGGUGCGGCAGCCAUGAGUGCAGGUCUGGACAAUUUCACCCAAGAGUCUGUAACCAGGGCAGUGAUGAAAGAGAAGAACUGGCCGGCGCUGCUCAUACUCGUCAUCAUCGCGCUGACGAUCGGUGGCAACAUCCUAGUGAUCCUGGCAGUGUCGCUGGAGAAGAAGCUCCAAAACGCCACCAACUUCUUCCUGAGGUCGCUGGCUGUGGCGGAUAUGCUCGUAGGCAUCCUGGUCAUGCCGGUCUCCCUCAUCAACAUCCUCUAUGACUACGCCUGGCCUCUCCCCAGCGCCCUGUGUCCGAUCUGGAUCUACCUGGACGUGCUGUUCUCCACCGCCUCCAUCAUGCACCUGUGCGCCAUCUCUCUGGACCGAUACGUCGCCAUCCGCAACCCCAUAGAGCACAGCCGCUUCAACUCCCGAACCAAAGCCAUGAUGAAGAUCGCCGCCGUCUGGACCAUAUCUAUAGGCGUCUCGAUGCCUAUCCCAGUGAUCGGCCUCCACAACGAGGACAAGGUCUUCGUCAACGGCAGCUGCGUCCUCAACGAGGAGCGCUUCAUGCUGAUUGGCUCCUUCGUGGCCUUCUUCAUCCCCCUGGUCAUCAUGGUGGUGUCGUACUGCCUCACCAUACAGGUGCUCCAGAGGCAGGCCACUGUCUUCCUGUGCGAGGCAAAGACUUCCUCCCAGCAGCCUUUGCACACACCAGCAAUGAAAUUGCAGCCUCCACCCAGCACCUUCCUCCUUCCUCAGAUCAACACACUUUCUCCUUCAGAAUCACAAGAGUUAAAGCCCCCGCCUCCUCAGAGCAGACGAAACACAUUGAGCUGUCUGAAGGGAGCGGAGCCCAGCAUACUCCUCAGCACCUCCACGGCACACAGUAUUAGCAUUAUUCCCGGCUCUGAAGUGCCGUCUCAGCUCAGCUCGCCAGCCGCGGGGCCAGGGCGGAGCGACACGUCGGGUUGCCACGGGCGACGUGGGAUGAUGCAGGCCAUAAAGAACGAGAGACGGGCCUCUAAGGUCCUGGGAAUCGUCUUCUUCCUCUUCCUCAUCAUGUGGUGUCCCUUCUUCAUCACCAACGUCACCUUCGUCCUGUGCCGGGGCUCCUGCAAUGAGUCGCUGCUUAAUGACCUCUUGAACGUCUUCGUCUGGGUGGGCUACAUCUCCUCUGGAGUCAACCCUCUGGUCUACACCCUCUUCAAUAAGACCUACAGGAGGGCGUUCUCUAGCUACAUCAGGUGUCAGUACAAAGUGGGGGCCAACGCAGCUGGACAGAGUUGCAAAACCCUCCUGGUCCCCCCGCCGUGCCCGUCGCACUCUGUGACGCCUCUUCUGAUGGGCAGUCACGGGAAGGCAGGCAUGGACCGCAAUAGUAACUGUCGCAACGGCGGUCGGGGGAAUAACGGGAGGCUGACGGUGGACCCAGAGGACAUGACAGACGAUGAGACACAAAUCGGAAUAGUGUCGCACAGCCUCUCCGAAUGUCAGAACAUCGGCAUGCUUUCGGAAACAGAGCCGGAAACCGAGGUGGAGCAGGAGCUGUCACUCAUCAGCUACAGCCCCGCCUCCAGAGAACACACCAGCAGCGUGUGAUUGCGUGCUUUUUGUUGUUUUACCGCUUCUUUUUUAACCUGCAGACGCAACGCAACGCUUUCGACGAGCUGGUGCUGGAAGCCUAAAGCGUUGCCAUUGGCUGUAAACCUGCAGUGGGGACUUUUAUUUUGAAAGGAUUAGUCUUGGGUGAGAAGCCUUAUCCCCACGCUGAAGUGCACUACUUGUGUGAGAGAAAUCAAAUUACGUGAAAAAGCUUUAAGAGGAAAAGGUUUUGGACUGAAAGCCAAUAUUUUAGAAGUGUUUUUUUUUCUAUAUGGUGUCAAAAUGUUGGUUUUCAUACCAUAAAUGGAGGAUCAAAUCUGUGCUCUGUAGUCACAGGGUGUGGUGUACUUCAUGGGGACUAAGGUACCAGCUGAGAUCCAGACAGGGACUUAGUGGACGUGAUAAGAAGCACUCAGUGAAGCGCUUAUUCUCAUUGUUAACCCUGCAUAAACUCAAGCGGCCCUGGAUGGAGUCCCCCUGAUGCAGGUUACAGAGUCAAGCACCGACCUCUGAGGUCAACGGGGUCAAACUACGACUUCAAGCCUUCACGCAGUCCAAAUGCAGUCCGAGCUCUGCUUCGUGUGGAUUUUCUCCACACCAAGCAAACUAAACCAAAUCUAUUUUUGUGCCGGUCAAGCUUGACUACAACAGUCAUAAAAUAUAUCUGAAUGAACCUUUCCAGCAUGUAUAAUCAAACUAUUCAGCCGACAGAAAUGGGUUUUCUCUCCAACGGAAACUUUCUCCAGGCUGCAGUCAAAAGUUUGUGUGAGAGGAUGGAGAUGAAGGAAUGUACGAGAACCGGUGGAGUCACAGUGCCAUCUGGUGGUCGCACGGCACACAGAGGUCACCUCCCUUGGAUGGAACGAGGGGUUAGAAGAAGCUAAAAACAUGGAGCAGGCCUUUGGUCCAACACCGCUGUCUGGCACCUGCUUCUGCUGACCAAUACGAACACUUUGGAAAAGAAUUAAAGUCCCAACUUCUAAAGGUUUUUACUGACAUCAAUCAACAAAGUUUCAAAUAAAAGGGAGCAAUCUAAAAGUGAACAUGUGAACGUUUUUAAUAUAAGGGUGCACAAAUGUUCCUCGGAUGUCAUUCUAUACAAAACAUAUAGAUUUUACGACAUCGGCCACUUUCAUCCAUUAGCUAUCAUCAUCAUCAUGAAAUAAUACAAAACUCCAAGAUCUUCCUCACCUUUAUUUUCCAAAAACAUACAUUUUGUGCAUCAGCGAUGACAUUAAUUAAGGAGAUAGAUCUAUCCAAUGAUACCAAUUCAGCAUCUUUGAGAUUGUUGUCCUACACGUCUAGCCUACUUAAUAUACAUAUCACAUUAUCAGAUUACAUAUCAGCACAUCAUCUGCGGGCAUAAAUCUGGGCUGAAACUCAAAGCAUCAUCCCCGAGGGUUGGGACGUAUUAAUUCUUUUAAGAAAUGAAUGAUUUUGAUUGAAGGUCGGCCAUUAGAUCUUUUUCCUCUCCAAAAACAACUACGUUUGAAAGUACAGUGAAAGCCAAAAAGGACGGAAAGAAGAUUUGUGCUCACAUUUAGGAAAAUGACCUUUGAGUUGAAAUGCGCUCCACCAGAGUCCCACUGUUACAUGUGUGCUCUGAUGAGGAGGAUGAAAAGUUUGCCAAUAUCUCCAAGAAUUGCAGUUUUGACCCUGAACUCGAUGGUCUGAAACUCUCUGAUCUCUGUCUGCUUUAAAGUCUGUUCAGUCUGAGUUGUCAGUGUGACUCAAAGACCAAAUAGCUUUAGAUUUCCUCUGUCGCAUAAAACGGACAGAAAGUCAAUACGCCAAGAGACAGACCCCUGACUCUAUCCAGACAGGUCUCCAACCCUCACAGCUCAGUCUCGCUGAUUUUCUCGCACUCCCUCCUCGCACAUUUUAUCGGCGUCUGACAAGCGGCGUGAUUCCUCCACACUGCAUCACCAUCAGCUGAAAUAUCUGCAAUAUACUGCCUUAGAAAAGGAUUUCAUAUUGUGUGGAUUUUACAGGUGGCAAAUUUAGAUUUCUUAGUAAUAAGAGACAAUAUAGGAGCUAUAACCUGAAACUCGUAUGCAUAUAGUGAUUGGCUUCGUAGGUUUAGUUCUAUAGAGCUAAAUGGUUCGUGAUGUAAAGGAAAUACAUUGAUACAAGUGACGUUUUAGGAGAUCCUUAAAGGGGCACUCCACCAGUUUCACACAUCAGGUUCAGUUUCUCAUCUAAUGUCUUCUGUGGCCAAAGUCAAAUAGGUAAAUAGCCCUGAUGAUGUCGUAGUGAUGUCAUAGUGAUGUCAUCUGGGUUAUCUCGAGUUGGGCUUGAGACUAAAACAGGUUUAACAGAAAGCCUUUUUUAAAGCUGGAGAUCUGAGGUUUGAAAGAUGUGGGCAAUUAGGAAGCAGCAGAGGGGUCCGAUGAAAGUCGCUAUUGAGUUGCAUCUUGGGAAUUGUAGUGUUUUUGGAGAUUGAGACUAAAAGUCAGGAUAUCUCAGCCUCUGCUGCUUCGAUGUUGACCAAUCUUUGCUUGAUUUGUCUCUUUUUAGUCUCUUCACUUAAUUGAAGUGCAAUACUCAAUUGCUGGAGUACCCCUUUAAAUUAUAAAAAUACUGACUGACACUUUUACUUACUGAGUUUUCCUUCCAGCCUAGCUGUUAUCUUACCAAAGUAGAUGUCACUUUCCCCAGUGAUCAAUAAUUCAUUUUAGUAAUACUCCCUUUAGCCAUAGGACAGCCAAAAUUACAAACAUCUGAAUGUAAAACAACUUUUUUUACCCAUAAUCCCCCAUUCAAGGUCAAAGAGCAGAGGUCAAAGCCUGCAGAUGACCAAUCGAAUCCAGAGCCUAAGGUCUGCAGCCACCUCUGCACACAAUUAGAAUGAAACAUAAGAACUGGGAGUCCCUUCGUUCUAAUUCUGUGCAUCUCUGUAUACUUUCGCCACUAUUUGUAAGCUACAGACUUAACACGGUGGACGUUCGCACCACUUUUCUCUCCACAAGGAGAGGUCUACAUGAGCUAAUGUUGUCAUCAACGUUUGGCCUACAAAUACUGUGCAUGUUUGAAGUGAUGUUCAAAAGGUCCUCUCUGCCUCACACGUUGUUUUUGUUCUUGUUUAAAUACUUGUAAGGAAUGAAAAAGGAAAGAAAGAACAAACCAAGAGCAAUCGACAAAAUGCACAUUGCAUACAGCUUGCAACUCCUGCAGGCAUUUCAACAACAAUAACAACAUAAACGAGAGAAAAAGAAAAAGAAAAAGAACGGUGGAGAGAGGACUCUCUGAACUUGGUUGAAUAGGUCAUGUUUGAUCCAUUCAGGUGUGAGCAAACAAAGAGCUACAGCCAGGCCAGCCAGCUCAGUAUGUCGCAAUGUAUUAACUAUAUGUUUCCCGUGUACCUGUGUGUGUACCAGGCCUGGCUCAAAUUGCUGUCUGAGAUUGAUUCAGUACAUUUUCUGGGUUUGUUAUCGAUGGUGACUGGCACGAUGGAAUGAAUCAUGUUUUCCCUGCAGAUGCCAAUCCUGUCGGGCUCGCGUCCAGACAGAUGAGAGCAAUCACUCGGAGAGAGUAUCUGGAGGGAUUUCAACUAAUAACUUGAUCCAGGACUGGUGUGUAUAGAAAUAGUUGGAGGCGUUUAUUGACAGAGUUUCACAUUAAUGAAUUUGUUUCCAGGCAGCAAUGCUUUGUGCAAGAACUGCCUCAGAAAAUCAUAAAGUGUAUUUGAAAAAUGGGACGGAGUAAGAUGUUUCAUACUUAAACUAUCAGAACAUGUGCAUAAGCUUAAGGGGGAAAUCCAGACGCUUCAGCACAAUAUUGAUAAACAGGAAGUGGUUAGCCUAGCUUAGCAUAAACGUUGAAAGCAGAGGAAACGGUUAGCCUGGCUUUGUCGAAGAACCCUCCAUAAAACCACAACUUGUCAUGCUCACUCUUUGGUUUUCGUACGCACUGUGGAGGUGCUGGUCGGCAGAUCAUUUUCAACCAUUGGAUAGAACCAGGCUAAUUCAUUUCCCCCAUUCCCCGUCGUUAUACUAAGCUAACCACCUGCUCGUAUUUCCUGCACAGACGUGGUAUCAAUCGUCUCAUCGCAGUCAAUAAUCCCAAAAUAUUCCUUUAAAUGUUUGUUACCUUUCUGUCAGUGGGGAAGGUAGUACAAUUGAUAACAGAAGUAGCAGUAAAUUGCACUUAACCACAAAAUAAAUCAUCAUAAUGCACCGAUCAUCUGUAGCAAUGUAAGAGAAUCAAAGGAUGGAUUUGUUUUCCUUUAAAUGUAAUCCAGCAGGAAGUGCUGGAACAGUGCUUCCUCUCUGUUAACUACUUCAUUUAAGGAGGGAAAGGUUUUCGAAGAUCUUUUCAAAUCCUGAUACUAAAACAUUACCCCAACAUGCUGACGUUCCUACGACAAGCCAACGUGUUCCUCCCAACUGUGAGGAACCUAAAGAUAGUUUUAACCCUACUGCUGUCUCACCGAUCAUGUGUCUCUGUCACUAAACGGCUCUGAGAAUUGCCAGAGCUGCAGGUUGUUCAAGAGUUUGGCAAACCCAACUUCUCCGAUGCGCCUUCCCCCGCGUUACACACUGCCCCACCCGGAGGUGCCAUCAGCACCCUCCGAUGCUCGUGUGCAUUGACACAGACCAGUUGUCUGGUUUGUCUCGCUCUUGUAUAAUCCGGCGCUCGUGGGUUAGCUAUCUUUUUAUGUGUUGAACCUUCUUCUUUUAUGCAGUGGCUGUUUUUUAUACCAUUUGAAUUGUGAAUGUCUGUCGACGACACAUAGUUUAUACAAAGAUUAUGCCAUCAUCCACACAAUGUAUAUUUCUUUUCUUUUCUGUGUGAUGCUGCUAUUUAUUUAUUAAAAUAUUAUUCUAAUGUGU